UUACGUUACAUCAAGGUUUCCCAAACGGGUUUGUAAAUGAACUGCAGGGAGUGUGUCAGUUUAAUGAAAAGCAGAUCAUUAAUGAAAUCAUAAAAAUGGCAAAUUAUAAUAAAUUUAAAAUAACAUGAAUCAGAAUAAAACAUUUACCAAAAAAAUCUAAUAUUGAUUUUUUUUUUACCUGCAUGUCAUGUGUCCAUUAACCAACAGAGAACUGUGAACAUGGAAAUGUGAUAUUUCUUAAUUAUUAAAACGCUUGUUUUAAAAUUUCAGGCUACUUCAAGUAAAUCUAUUAGGUGAAUUAUGUUCAGAUGACAAAAAACGUUUGGAAAUGUCUGCAUUGCAUUCAAAUAAGAAAAAGGUUAAAUUGUGCAUUCUUUGUGUGAAUGUCCACACAACUGUAAGACUUGAAUAUAUAGAAGUGGUGUAUAGGCUGUUUUAGAAAAGAACAUUUAAUAGAUAAAAAAGAGGAAAUUAGGAAGAAUCAAUUAAUUGUGAAUAAUUUAUUUACAUUGUGUGAAUACUAUAUAAUUAUGUCAUCAAUAAAAAACAACAACUGUAGUCUGAUUAUGAGUAUUUUAAAAUGUAUUUUAAUCUAAUUACAAGUACUUACAUUUUGUAAUCAGUUACUACCCAGUUCUGGCCACUACAUAAGACUGUCUAAAGAACUAGUUUUAAUAACUAGAAGUUACUUUUUGGAUUCAAAUUAGGCCAGUCUACCUUUUUACGUAACUGAUUUGACCUUUCUGUUAUGACCAGUCUCAAAGAAAAAAUUAGGUAACUAACUAUUUUAUGCAGCCGAAUUUUGUAUCAUUUCAGUUGAACGUUGUCUAAUCAACUACUCUUUCUUAAUGCAUCGUAGUGGGAGUUUUGUUAUUGUUUGGGUCUCAGUAUAUUGAGCAAUGGAGGGCUGUCUGUGCCCAUAAACUUUCAUCAGUUGCAUGAGAGACACUUUACUGGUACGCCAACGUAGGAUGACAUCAUCUCACCAUGAGGACAUGGAAAGCUGAUGGAUUAGAGGGGGAGACAGCGAAAUGGAUGGAGAGAGUGGGAGGAAUAGAGUGAGGAAAGAAGAGCUUGAACGUUGUGUCUUUAGUCACCCUUCUCCACACCCACCGCUACCGGGAUUGAGCAGGAGGAUUGGGGGCGGUGUCAUGGCAACCAUGUGGGAAGCUGUCCGUCACAUGAGCUUUCUACUGAGUUUGGUCCUGCUCUCUCUGUGCAUCAGAAGCCCAGCAGCAGGCGCAGACUGCAGAGGGACUGCCGGGGCUCAACCCCUCCUCCCUCAGGCAUGGAGCAGGGUGACGAGCCCCAGGUCGGCCCCGAGAACCCGUGGGACACAACGGCGCACUGCCGUGAUGUGCGUGGCGUGGGAAGAAGUGUCGGUUAAAGAGAUCAGCAUCACACAUCAUGUUAAAGAGGGCUCAGAGAAGGCCGACCCGCAGCAGUUUGAGCUCCGGAAGGUGCUCGGACAGGGCUCCUUCGGAAAGGUGUUUUUAGUGAGGAAGACAACAGGCCCGGAUGCAGGACAGCUGUACGCAAUGAAAGUGCUGAAAAAAGCCACCCUAAAAGUACGGGAUCGGGUCAGGACUAAGAUGGAGCGGGACAUCCUGGUGGAGGUUAAUCAUCCCUUUAUUGUUAAGCUACACUAUGCAUUCCAGACUGAAGGAAAGCUUUAUCUGAUUCUGGACUUUUUAAGAGGAGGUGAUCUCUUUACUCGACUGUCAAAAGAGGUGAUGUUCACAGAGGAGGAUGUGAAGUUUUAUCUGGCAGAGCUGGCUUUAGCUCUGGACCAUCUGCAUGGACUAGGCAUCAUCUACAGAGAUCUGAAACCAGAGAACAUUCUCUUGGAUGAGGAAGGCCACAUAAAGCUGACAGAUUUUGGACUCAGUAAGGAGUCGAUCGAUCAUGAAAAUAAAGCAUACUCUUUCUGCGGGACAGUAGAGUAUAUGGCUCCAGAGGUGGUGAACAGAAGAGGACACACUUAUAGCGCUGACUGGUGGUCUUACGGGGUACUCAUGUUUGAAAUGCUGACUGGAACGCUGCCUUUCCAAGGCAAGGACCGCAAGGAAACCAUGACUAUGAUUCUAAAGGCGAAGCUUGGAAUGCCUCCGUUUCUGAGUUCAGAAGCUCAGAGUCUCCUCAGGAGCCUUUUCAAACGAAACCCAUCCAAUAGAUUAGGUGCUGGGCCAGACGGAGUUGAAGAGAUAAAGAGGCACCAGUUUUAUGUUACCAUCGACUGGAAUAAAUUAUUUAGAAGAGAGAUUCACCCACCCUUCAAACCAGCCUCUGGCAGACCAGACGACACAUUCUACUUUGACCCAGAAUUUACAGCAAAAACUCCCAAAGACUCUCCAGGUGUACCCCCUAGUGCCAAUGCCAAUCAACUCUUCAGAGGUUUCAGUUUUGUGGCCAUCAGCUCAGAAGAAGAGUCUCAACCCUUGCAGAGCAACAGUGUGAGCUCUAUAGUUCAGCUCCACAGAAGUGUGUCUCAGUUCAAUGAUGCAUAUGAGGUGAAGGAGGAUAUCGGGGUUGGCUCAUAUUCCAUCUGCAGACGCUGCAUACAGAAAAGCACAGGAAUGGAGUAUGCAGUGAAGAUAAUCAAUAAAGUUAAACGGGAUCCAACAGAGGAGGUGGAAAUUCUGUUACGCUAUGGACAGCAUCCAAAUAUAAUCACCUUGAAAGACGUGUACGACGAUGGCCGCUCAGUGUAUCUGGUGACAGAGCUGCUGAAGGGAGGGGAACUGCUGGAUAAGAUCCUCAGACAGAAGUUCUUCUCAGAGCGGGAGGCCAGCGCUGUGCUGUACACCAUCACAAAGACUGUGGAGUACAUGCACAAUCAAGGGGUGGUUCACAGAGAUCUGAAGCCCAGUAACAUUCUUUAUGUGGAUGAAUCUGGGAAUCCCGAGUCCAUCCGGAUCUGUGACUUUGGCUUUGCCAAGCAGCUGAGAGCGGAAAACGGACUGCUGAUGACGCCCUGUUACACUGCCAACUUUGUGGCCCCAGAGGUGCUGAAGAGACAGGGCUAUGAUGCUGCCUGUGAUAUCUGGAGUUUAGGUGUCCUUUUGUACACAAUGUUAACUGGAUUCACUCCAUUUGCUAAUGGCCCAGAGGACACACCAGAGGAGAUUCUAGCUCGAAUCGGCGGUGGGAAGUUUUCUCUCACAGGUGGAUACUGGAGCUCUGUUUCAUUUGAGGCAAAGGACUUGGUGUCUAAGAUGUUACAUGUAGACCCCCAUCAGAGACUAACAGCUGCACAGGUGUUAAAACAUCCCUGGAUCCUUCACAGAGACCAGCUUCCCAAAUACCAGCUGAACAGACAGGACGCCCCCCAUCUGGUCAAGGGGGCGAUGGCUGCUACAUACUCAGCCUUGAACAGGAACGUUCCUCCCAUGCUGGAGCCCGUGGGCUGUUCUAUUCUCGCUCAGCGCAGAGGAGUGAAGAAACUGACCUCCACUGCUUUAUGAGCAAAUCCCUUCCACCUCCAGCCCUGUGAACUCAUGCUUGGUUUGAGCACAGCCGGAACUCGGCUUGCUUGCUGCCCACCAUGCAUCAUGGCCUUAGAGCCAAGCGUAGAUUCUGAGGACCCCUGGUGGACAAUCAAAAUCUUCCUUCACUGGUUACUACGAGGGCCAAUAAAAACAGUUCGGCCUGUACAAUCACGCCUCUGCCUCUAAACUCAAACCAAUAAAGAAUCUGUGGACUAUUUCUGAGGAGCAAAUUACCUGUGUAUGAAUAUAAACAUACUGCAUCUCAGUCAUUAUAAAAAGGUAAGAUGUAUUCAGGGAGGAUGUGGAUUUAAGAGGACGACAACAAAUUCCUGCACCGUAGUGUGCGCACAGUUGCGAAAAGCUCCAGUUGUAUGGGGAUGUUGUAUACGGGAUGCGUUCCUGUCAGGUAAACACUGAAUAUUCAAAUUGUAUCCUGUUCUGGCCUAUUAUUUUACAUCAUUAAUGCCACAUUGCAUAUUUAAGUCCCUGCAAACCUUGUUCUCCAGUCAUUUUUGGAUAGCGAACUUGGAGAGACUCCUUCAGCAGAUCCAUACAAGACUAUAAGACGAGUCCAAAUGUUUAUAUGACCGCUGCUGGCGUUAGUUUUUAGCGUACCUUUUAUAAAACGACAUUGUGAACGAGGUCCAAAGCACAAAAAUGCAGAGGAGGCCUACAUGUAAACGGCACAGAAUGUCAAAUAGAGAACUCAGGUGAAACGCAAUACAUUAUACAAAAAAGAAAUAAGCUGGGACGGAAAUUUAAAAGGCUGUAAACCUGCUGACCUGUUUAUUUGUUUGGAUGUAGAGAAUUACAGAAAUGCUCAGAGAUUUAAUUUUUUAGUGACUACUUACAGCCUACACAUAUUUUUAUAAAUGUGCAUGGGCAAGAUGCUAUAUUAGCUCUGUGCAAGUGGCAUGACUGAGGAUGUUUUCCCUCUUUAAUAUAUUUUAAAAUUCUUCUUAUGAUUCCUUGCAGGUUUUAUUUUUGUUUUUUUUUCUGAGCAAGUUUAAAUAUGUUGUGCAUUUUUCUUUUCAUCUCAGUUGUAUUUUUCCCGUCUUUGACUUGGAAGAGUUCUGGAAAUGUUGCUGUCCAUAUAGCAAGCUGCUAUUCUGUUCUUUCUUUUGUACACUGUUAGCAAUUGAUGUAAUUUUUACAAUAAAUUUUACAACAACG